CUCAUCCUCACUAAACGAUCGGCCGGAGAGACCCUUGCAUGCUCACAGCCUCACAUGCUGCCUUGGCAUAGGACUGCAAGACUUGACCAAGACAAUCGUGCAUCUCAACAAAGGCUCUAUAGACCGAAUCCCCUUGUGCUGUUCAUCGAGUAGUCAUCCUGGCUGACGUCUCACAAACUGCAAUAACUCAGCGAGAGCACCUCCCUCCUGCACAUACAAAGCAGUUCUAGUGAGACAACUGCAUUAAGCACCGCUGAUCGAAGCAGUCACUUCUUGUUCAUCCUCGGUCGACGUCUCGAAUACCACAUUCAUGGCGAGUGCCACGUCACCGACCAUCUACUUCGGAUAUGGAAGCAACCUUUGGCAGCAUCAAAUGCACAUGAGAUGUCCAACCUCUGAGUAUCUUGGUAUCGCACGUCUCGACAACUACCGCUGGAUGAUCAACGAUCGCGGCUACGCAAACGUCGUCCAGGUCGAACCAAGUUCCUCCGCCGAGCCAUCCUACUCGAACGUCGUAUACGGCCUCGUCUACUCGCUACAGCCCUCCGAUGAAGAAGACCUCGAUAUGAACGAGGGCGUCCCAUUCGCGUACACCAAGGAGAACCUGCCAGUCUCGUUCUGGCCCAAGGAGAAAGAGGGUGAAUCCAUCGAUCCUCACAAACAUGCAAAGAAGCAGGACAUGCUCGUCUACAUCGAUCGUGAGCGCCUUGUAGACGACAAGCCUAAGCACGAGUAUAUCUAUCGCAUGAACAUGGGCAUACACGAUGCUCUCAAGGAAGGUGUCCCUGAAGACUACGUGCAAGAGGUCAUGCGCAAGUUCAUUCCUCCUGAGCAUGACGAUGAGGUCCGCGGUCAGGCAAUGCAGCAAGCUCUAGCCUUCAAGGAUGAAAGAUGAGAUGCCAGGGCCCUCAGUUCACCGUCGACACUUUCUUCGAUGUUCAAGCAUGAAUCCAUUGUUCUUCGAUGUUCAAGCAUGAAUCCAUCAUUCUCCGAAGACAGUGCAACCGCACCAAGAAAACGCGAACCUGAUUCUUCUACAAGCUCGUAAUUCGCUAGCCGAUCUCCCCGGUACUGACAAUCAUACUUGUAGCCGCAAGAUAGAUCACUAAGAAGGCGCAAGCCACUCGAGUAAUUGCUCUCAUU